UAUUGUUAAUUUGAUGUAGUAAUGCUUUGUAUAUGUACACCCUGAAGACUGUAGCUUAUAUUAGAAGAGUGACAUCUUAUCUUAGAGAAGCAUAAAUAGAAAAUUUGUAGACAUGGAGCCAAAAAAUGCGUCUAAAAUGAGCUGGUUGUGAGAUGUGAUUUACAAAUAACGGUGUAGUUUAAGUUGGGAUAUAUUUUAUCUCUUGGAAAAUUUUAUUUGGUGAUAACAAUAGAUUUACCUUUUAGAUGCAUAUUAAAACUGAAACCUUGUGGUGGAAAUUAAAUCCUUGAAUUUUCACGUAGUCACAACAAAAGGUUUCAUUAUGAUGGAAUCAUUCUUUAGGAGAAACAAAUAAGGUACUAUAAACAAGUUGAUGACUUGUAAUUGUUUUUAUUAACAUCUCCUUGUCUCGUUAGCUCAAAUAUAGUAAUAAUAGAUUCACUUGUCUGUGGCGUGUUGGAUUUUAAUGGUUUAAUUAUCACUAAAAGCCUCUUCUCCUGUUAUGUUGUAUAGCAGUAGAUGGUUCACAGCCUUUCUGUUGUAUCGGGAGGAGACUGCUUUAGUUUGACAAACCUGCAAAAUAUGGGCAAGAUCAGAUGGAUUUCUUGGGAGGAAUGAAGAGACUUCAGGUUGGGUUGGAUGGGUGUUAUGAUGGAGGAGUUUGAAUGGCCUACUUCAAAUAUGUUAUGAUGGAUGAGUUUGAAUGGCCUACUUCAAAUACAAGUUGUGGGAGGGAUUCCUGACUAAAACUACCCCACUCCUCGAACUAUAAAUUGGCUUGAAAAGUUUGCUAACUGAUGUUGACUUGCAGUUGUUAAUUAUUUGCCAGAGACAUUUGUAAAGGUUCGUCAGCGAUGUGAAGCACCUCGACGAGACAUGAUUUAUUCCAUGAAUUAUACUCCAUGUCGUUAUGUUCGAUUAUCUUGUCUUAGAGGAAGUCCUAUUGCUAUCUUCUUCAUCCAGUUGGUCGGGAUUUCAGUGCCUCGUCUUGAACCUGAGUUUCAGCCUGUGGUCAAUUACCUUCUGCCACAAAUUACGACACAUGAACAAGAUUCUAAUGAUUUGCAUUUUCAGUUGCUUCAAGAUAUAACAGAUCGAUUGCAUGUCUUCCUUCCUCAACUUGAGUCAGAGCUUACUAAAUAUGCUGAUGAUAUAGAGACUAGCACUCGAUUUCUCGCUAUGCUCGCCGGUCCAUUUUAUCCCAUUCUUCAAAUUGUCACCGAAAGAGAAACCGCAAGAUGCUCAGCUAUUGGUGUAGACUCUGAAGUUUCUAGAAAUAGUCAACCAGUGCCAGCUUUAACUGUUUCCUCCAAUUUUGAGCCACGGAAAUUACGAAGCAUGUCACCAUUUCCUGUACCAACAUCCCGAUCAAUUGUGUUUCGUCCAGAUGCCGUAUUCACGCUGCUGAGGAAAGCUUUUGCAGAUAACGAUUUAGGAGCUGUAUGCAAAGUGGCUGCAAAGAUUCUUUAUCAUUUAGCAGAGGCAACAUCAGCACAAGAAACAUCUUUUUUAACCAGAGAGACAUCAUCUCUGGUUGAAGCACCGGUGUCGAAAUCAUAUCAUGUUGCUUUAUCAGAUUAUUCAGAGUUAUUUGGAGACCAAUUUCUCAUUCCAGUUGUUGACUGGAAUCCUAGCUAUAUAAAUAUCCUUGAUAUUGGAGCGGUAGAGGAGGGAAUUUUGCAUGUUUUAUUUGCUUGUGCCUCUCAGUCGUUGCUAUGCAGUAAGCUGGCAGUCAGUGUUACUAACUUUUGGUUGACAUUACCUCUUAUACAAGCGCUGUUGCCAGCUCUUCGUCCAGCCAAUUGUAUACUCAGUGUAGAUGAUACUUUCUCGCAGUGGAUGCAGCCUUUUGUACAACAAGCCUUAUUGAAGAUUAUAUCAACAUUGUCAUCACCUGCUUAUCAUCCACUUCUUCAUGGUUGUGCUGGCUAUUUGUCUUCCUUUUCACCUUCUCAUGCAAAAACUGCUUGUGUCCUGAUUGACUUGUGCAGCAGUUCACUUGCACCUUGGAUGCCUCGAAUCAUUGCAAAGAUAGACUUGGCUGUGGAGCUUCUAGAAGAUCUAUUGGGUGUUAUUCAGGGUGAACAUCACUCCCUAGUACGUGUCCGUGCUGCCCUUAAAUACCUCGUGCUGGCUUUAUCUGGUUACAUGGACAAUGUACUGGCAGAAUACAAGGAAGCAAAGCUUAAAGUUCUAUUUCUUGUGGAGAUGCUGGAGACUUUUCUUGAGCCUGCCUUUUCCGCCUCACAAAGUAUGAUAAGCUCUGCUGAAUUCUCCUAUACUUUCCUCAAUGCUAAUGAAAAUACUUGUGCUAUUGCACUUCAAGUGAUCCGUGCAGCUGUGGAAAAGCCUUCUGUUCUUCCCUCGUUAGAACAGGAGUGGCGGCUUGGAUCAGUACCUCCUAGUGUACUCCUAUCCAUUCUGGACCCGCACCUGCAGUUACUACCUGAUAUUGACUUUUGCAAGCCUUCUCUCUCCAAGCCUGACAAAGAAAUUUUGAACUCAUCUUCAUCGCCACAUGCAUCUAGCGAAGGAAACUCUACUCUAAAACACCCUGGUCCAGAUGAAGGGGAUGGAAUGACGGAUGGUCCCAGCAAAUCGGAUAUUUUAGAAGAUGCCAGCCUUUUGUUUGCCCCGGAGGAGCUGAGAAAUCUUGCACUACUAAACUCUUUUGGAAAUGUUAUCAAUGGUAUGCAAGCUACCCAUUCCGAUCCCAACCAUGAUGAUACACCUGUGAUUGGAGAAGAAAAAACUACUGAAGUUCGCAAGUGUGCUACAUCGGAUUCCGGAUUUUCCAGGAAAUAUUUUAGCUUGCAUCUUAAUCAUACCCAACUAUUAGACUAUGAGAUUUGCAAAUCUCGGGCAUCCGAGUUUCAGCGUUUGGCUUUGGACCUGCAUUCUCAAAAAAAUGUUAACCUUGAAGGUCACAAUGCUGCAAUAGAUGCUAUGAUCCUGUCUGCCGAAUGCUAUAUCAAUCCUUUUAUGAUUUCUGCGAAAGAACAUUCAGUGUUUUGUAAUCAAGUGAAGAUUCAUGGGACAAAAUAUCCCCAUGAGAUUUCUGAACUCAGGAAAACCCUUGGAAAAGGAAACUGCAAUCUGGAAACAAUAAGUCACCUUGAGAGAAAGAGAGAUAAAGUGUUUGUCCAAAUAUUGCUUGAGGCUGCUGAGAUGGACAGAAGCUAUUACCAGAAAGUGUCUGAUGGAGAUCAGUGCCCAUAUGGCGCUGGGAGUGAUGAUGAAUCUGUAAGCUUUUCUGUGAAUGAUAAUGCAUCUGUAGAUGCGAUAACAUUGGUUAGGAGAAACCAAGAAUUGCUGUGCAAUUUUUUAAUUCAUCAAUUGCAAAGAGAGCAGCAGUCAUUGCGUGAAACUCUUAUGCAGUCUCUUGUGUUCUUGUUACAUUCGGCCACUAAGCUUCUUUGUUCUCCUGAAAAUGUGAUCGACAUUAUCCUAGGUUCUGCUGAGCAACUUAAUAGAUCUUUGAUGUCUACUCUUCACCAGUAUAAAGAAGGGAAUUUGCAGCUUAACCCAGAAAGGAUAUAUAGAGUACAAAGGCAUUGGAUGAUUCUUCAAAGCUUGGUCAUUGCUUCUAGUGGAGGAAGCAAUAGAUCAAAAAAUGUAUUUAAUGUGAGUGGCUGUCAGUAUAGCAAUCUGAUUCCCCCAUCAACCUGGAUAUGCAGGAUAUCAACAUUUUCUUCAUGUACUUUUCCUCUGGUCCGCUAUCUUGGUUGGAUGGCAGUGUCACGGAAUGCCAAAGGUUACCUGACUCAGCGUCUUUUCCUUGCUUCAAAUUUGUCACAACUUACAAAUUUAUUGUCCAUAUUUGCUGAUGAUCUGGGAGUAUUGAAACUUGGUGGAGACAGGAAAGAGGUUCUGGAUUUGGAAGAGUUAGAAGGAAAACCAGACACCAAUAAGGCAGAUAAAUUUUCCCAGCAGAAAUAUCAAGAGCAGUCGUUUGCUGUAAUAUACCCAGACCUAAGUAAAAUUUUACCUGACAUGCAAAAAGAAUUUAAAGCUUUCAGCGAAACUAUUUUAGAGGCUGUUUCAUUGCAGCUGAGAUCUCUUGCAUCAACUGCAGUUCCAGAUAUAUUGUGUUGGUUCUCUGAUUUGUGCCUAUCACCCUUUCUCCAGAAGGCGGACAAGACUCAUGAUAGUUAUCCUCCAACAAAGGGUUACCAUUCCAAAAAUGCCAAGGCAAUCAUUCUAUUUGUACUUGAGGCUAUUAUAAGUGAGCACAUGGAAGCCAUCAUUCCGGAGAUGCCGAGAUUGGUGCAGGUGCUUGGCUCUCUUUGCAAAAGUUCUUAUUGUGACACGCCAUUCCUCAGGUCUAUAUUAUGCUUACUAAAACCCAUAAUUUCAUAUUCUUUGAGCAAGAAUUUUAAUGAAGAAAAGUAUAUAAAUGGUGUUUCAUGUCUUGAUUUUGAGAGUCUAUGCUUUGAUGAGCUCUUUACAUACAUCAUACAGGAGCAAGAGAAAGUUGAUUCUUCUACGAUAAAGGUUAACAAGGCUCUCAUUAUUUUUAUUUUAGCUUCUGUCUUUUGUGAUCUGUCAUUUGAUCGGAAAAGGGAGGUCAUUCAAUCAUCUGUCCAUUGGGCGGAUUUUCCUGCAUUAGAGCCGACAACUGCAUUCUAUGAUUAUCUUAGCUCAUUUCAGCAACUUCUGCAAAGUUGCAAUGGUUUUUUAGUGGAAAAUUUAAGAGUACUUGGUCUUAUACCUAUGCCUCGCACUGUUGAUGUAAAUGUUCAGUCACCUGGAAACAAUGGUUUGGAAUCUAAUGCAUGGUUUCCUGAUGAUUUUUGUUAUGGUAGUGAAAAAGAGGAGUUUGAGAAGACUGAAGGGGAUAUCAGUGGUAGUUCUACGGUAAGUACUGACGUUCAUCAUCUGUCUUUAGAAGAGAUAGAAGGCUUCUGUGGGGACUUACACAGUCUCAUUUCUAAUCUAAAUAAAUCAAUUGAAUCGUGUUGGAAUCUUCAUCCACAACUCUCUAGGAGUCUUGCUGUCUAUUCUUCCCAGUGCUUAAUGUACUCAAGAUGCUUAUCUUCUGUUAUGCAAGAAAUUUCUGGUCUGGAAGAACACAACACAUUGAUCUGCAAGACAUUUGAUGAAUUCUUCGCUCAUUGGAAAAAUGGUAUAGAAGGGCUUGCAGUAAAUAUUCCUCUGGUUCAGGAGAAUAGUUUCUGGGAAGUUGCGUCUACUAUGGUCGAUUGUUUACUCAAAGUGCCAGUAUUUUGUAGCCUGGAUAACAUGGUUUCUACACUUAGCUCUGUGAUUGAAAAUAUCAUGUUAAAUGCCCCAAAAAUUUCUUGGCGCUUGCAAACUGAUAGAUGGUUAUCCAAUUUAUUUUCCAGGGGUAUUCUUAUGCAUGAGAGUGGGAUAUGUCUAAUAGAAUUAAUUUCUAAAAUGUUGAGUCAUCCUGAACCAGAGCAACGUUUCACUGCACUUCUGCAUUUAGGUAGACUCUUUGGCCUAGAUGUGAAUGGUGGUUGGGUGGUUCUCACUUCUCCAUCAUUUGAUAAAUUAGCUUCACAAGAUAGUGCUGUUUUCAUCUCAGAAUCAGUCUUAUCCCAGCUUGUUUCGAACACAUGGGAUCAAGUCUCCCAUACGGCUUCAGUUGACAAAUCAUUGCACUUGAGGACGGUUGCUAUGGCGCUUCUUGUUCAUUAUAUUCCAUUUGCCAACCUUGCCAAAUUGCAAUCUUUUCUCGAAACUGCUGACACACUUUUCCAGGCGUUGGGAAGUUUUGCUUAUCCCAUGGGUGAGGGUCUGUUUGCUCAACUUUCAUUAGCACUAAUUGCUGGUGCUUGCCUGUAUUGCCCAGCUGAAUAUAUGUCAUUGGUUCCUCAAAGUGUGUGGAGAUAUCUAGAAACCCUUGGUGGUUCCAAAUCUGGCAGAGUUGGGGAAACGGAGAAGAGGAUUUGCCAAGCUUUGUGUAAAGUUAAAAGCGAUGAAGAUGAAGCCAAAGAGGCCCUGAAGGAAGCACUUUCUUCUUGUCAAUCAAAAGAAUUUGAUCCUGAGUUUGGAAAUACUCGUGAAUCUGUUCUUCAGGUUCUUGCUAAUUUAACUUCCGUACAAGCAUACUUUGACGUGUUUGCUGAAAAGAUGGACCAAGAAGCUGGAGAGCUAGAGGAAGCUGAAUUGGAGAUGGACAUUCUUCAUAAAGAAUUUCCGCUGCCCGACAUGAAUCCUCAAAAUGAAUUUGCCUUCCCUUCAUCUAAUGCAAAGGAUGGACAUCGUCUGCAACAAAUUAAGGAUGACAUUCGUUCUAUAGAGAAAUCUAGAAUCAAGGAAGAAAUAAUAGAGCGAAGGCAGAAGAAACUUAUGUUGAGACACAGACGCCAGAAAUAUCUUGAAGAAGCUGCUUUACGAGAGGCAGAACAACUGCAAGAACUUGAUAGACAAAGAACUUCAGAAAUGGAAAAGGACAUUGAAAGGCAGCGGAUGCUGGAGCUUGAGCGUGCCAAAACAAAUGAACUUCGAUAUAAUCUUGAUUUAGAGAAAGAAAAGCAAACACAGAGAGAACUUCAACGUGAGUUAGAGCAAGUGGAGUCUGGAAGCAGACCACCGCGAAGAGAAUUUUCUUCUUCCACUCAUAGCAGCAGCCGUCCACGUGAUCGGUAUCGGGACAGAGAGAAUGGGAGGUCCAACGCUGAUGUCAGCUUAAGAGGAAGUAAUACCGGCUUACCUUCUGAUAUGUCGGUCAACACCCAGUCUCUUGCUACCACACCCACUGUCGUCCUCUCAGGUUCGAGGACAUUCCCAGUUCAACCUCCAACAAUCCUUCAAGCACGUGAUCGUACUGAUGAGUGCAGCAGCAGUUAUGAGGAAAACUUUGAUGGGAGUAAGGAUUCUGGAGAUACAGGUAGCACUGGUGAUCCCGAGCUAGGGCCAGGAUUUGAUGGCCUCGCUGGUGGAUUUGGUUCUCAAAGACAUGGGUCAAGAGGAAGCAAGUCCAGGCAAAUACUGGAGAGAAGAGAACGAGAUGGAAGACGUGAAGGAAAAUGGGAGAGAAAACAUUCAUAGUUAUUUAAUCUGUAAAAUAUGCUGAAGUUCUGACCAACUUUUGAAUGCACAGGUCAGCUGCAACUGAAGGAUGGACCAGAGGCACAUAAUAUGCGUAGAGCGGCCCUAGAGUGAAAUGACUACAGAGAUGAAUUAGUUGUGUUGUAACCUGUUGUAUGAAUAUUUGUUGUAUUACCAAAUGAAUGGCCAGUGCUCUCAAUUUGUUAAUGCUGUAGUCUGUAGGCAAUGUAUAUCUUCCAUGAAUUUGAGCACGAAAUCUGUAGCAAUUAUCAAGUUAUGAGUCAGGGUAUUAGGUAUAGCAUGUUACAAGGUUGUACAUAGUUCCAAAGGUAGGAAGAAAAUUUUAUAUCCAAAGACAACACAUGUUGUGAUUGUUGUCCUUGAUACAUUUUGUAGUAGAAAAACUAGUUUUCAGUCCAAAUCAUUUCAGGCCACACUGUCGACGAGUGGAAUUGUUGAAA